CCGCCCUUUUCCACAUUGUACAGCAAAAGACAUUUUAGUUAAGUACAGUUUUAUCAUUUGAAAAAUAAACUGCGGCGAAAAUGUAUGCUAUUCAACUUUGUACAGCUGUAGUUGUUGUUUGCCUGCUUUGUGUUCAAGUGGAGACGAGCUGCUGGUUUAAAAAUGCCUCACCUGACGAGAAUGGAAAUUUUCCAACAUACUGCGACUACCAAGGAUGGGUUAUUGAUUCGAAUACGACGCUGAAAUCCCCGGCACCAUACUGCGAAACAUGUACAUGCUUGUUCGGAAACCUUAAUUGCUGCGGAUAUGGCAAGAAAGCUGGUGCGGCUGUUAGAGCCGGAUGUACUCAAGUAGAUGAUGACAGUUCUUGUGACUUGAUCUUUGUGAACAGUGCUAAUGAAAACCUACCAUGCGACAACUGGAGCAGAAAAUGAAAUACGAAAGUUCUGACGAUAAUCGAUCUUUAAAUAUAAAUUGUGUUUCUUUCUGUCUAGACAAUUUCAAAAUAGGAAAAAACAGUUUUUUAAAAAAAUCUAAAAAAGUACACAUCUUUUAAAUAUUUGUAUUUACGAGGAAUGCUUAUAUAAAACAUAAAUGUUCAGUGCAUAUAUAUAUUCGUCUAUACAUAUUUACCGUCAAUAAAUAAGAUCUAUGCUUAAGUGUCA